AUGAAAUCCAAACAUUCUGAGGAAGUGAUGAACGGUCUUAACAUGCCACGUGACAGCUCUGUACAAACCGGAUUACAGAUAUGCAAGCUUGCAACUGCGUUAUGCAAGCAACAUAACUCCGUGAUUCGAAUAUCCCAAGACGGCGCACGAUCACAGCUCAAGAUCUCCACCACCAUCCAGAGAGGAAAAUGCAAUUAUGGAUUUUACAAUCCUCAUACCGGCAUUUCUUUACUUGCUGUUAGCUCAUCAAGCACAAGCCGGGGGUUACACACCGCCCUACAUGACCCUUCCCGCCCCGCCCAGUUUGCCAGACGCUGUGGCGACAGGCUAUGUGAAUCUCUCCGACGGCGUCGAUAUCUGGUACGCUCAUUUCGGCCCAACCCUCGAAGAAAGCUUCGCUCGCGGAAGGGCACCGGUACUGUUUCUUCAUGGAGCACACGCGAGCUCCGAUUACUGGGGUCAUCAGAUCCGGUAUCUGCUGUCGCAGAACGAUCCUCGCACGAUUCUGGCAAUAGACUCCCGGCUGAUGGGGCGCUCGACCUACGGGGAUAUGACCACGUCCUUUGCUCGCAAGGCUGCCGAUGCCAUAGCUGUGCUGGACCACUUCCACAUCCCCCAAGCUGCCGUGGUUGGCUGGAGCAACGGAGCAGCCGUCCUGAUCAACCUCCUUCUGGACUAUCCGUCGCGUGUGGAGCGCGCUUUCGUUUUCGCUGGUUGGUAUGAUGCAAGCACCAGCCUCAACCAGACCACAGGUACUGCACAGUACAAUGCCACCAGUGCGGUCUACUUCAACCGCACGUUGGAAGAGCUAAUGCGCUUGUCGGUACAUCCGGAGUUGGUUCCGGCGGCACGACAAGCUUAUUAUGAGGAGUAUAUGAGGGAGCCGCAUUGGGACUCGACUGACUUCGCGCGAAUACCGACGGGUCUUGACAACUGUCAGGAUUCGCCUCUUGUAUGGUAUGUCGAGGCUGCUGAAGAAGAGGUUAUCAAUCGAGGAGUAGCAGGGAUCAUGCACAAAUGGACCCCCGGCUCAACCCUAUGGGUGCUCCCAAAUGUUAGCCACUGGGCGCUGCUGCAGGAUCCUGUCGCGUUCAACGAUGUGCUGCACAGGUUUCUUGAGGAUCCGAGGCACUGUGGCCUGUGGGGUGCGACUUGCCUGAAUCCAGGUUUUGCCCAACAAUUACAGGACCGAGGUCCAGGUUUCCCUUUGGUUGCACGGUGACGUUGCUGAGCAGUAACAGUACUCAUAUUGGAAUCAGCUCAAGGUCGAAGUCACUGAGGAAAGGCUUGGAGGAGAAUUCAGUGUGUAAUUAUUGUUCGUUGAUCUCCCUUUGGCAACGCGUUGUAUCACUCGGCUCUCGGAAAGAAUCUAGAGAAGGGGUCGUGCUGGAACCAUUGCUUUGGGACUUGAUCCAGUCAGCACUUACUUAUAUAACUAUGGACUCGGCCGGCCUCGAAUGCAUCAUGACACUCAGUAUACCGUCCUGGAUUCCGCGUUGAGUGCAUCACACCGUGGAACACAGCUCGAAUAGAAACAAAGAGCAGGCCCUCGGAACACAAGUUCCGCACUUGGUCUGGCAGCAGAAAACUGUGUAAAGCUAGAAGCAUAAUGCCGUCCUGAUUGAGCGCACUUAGAACUCUCCAGUCAUAAAAUACGGUUGCGUUGUUGGGCAAUCAUGCUCAGACUUUUGUCAUGGUCCUCGC